AUGGCAAAGGGAAGCUGCGCUUGCAAGAAGCUCACGUUCGAGAUCACCGGCGAGCCGGUCCUCUGCCAUUGCCUUGAAUGCCGCAAGCUGACCCCCUCAUUCUUCACAACCAGCAUGUUCGUUCCGGCAACCUCUUUCUCCAUCACUGGAGCGCCUAAGCAUUAUGUCUUUACGCAGGAAGCGGGCGAUGAGUUCACAACCUCUUUCUGUGGAAACUGCGGCACCACGGUCUGUAAGGAGACUCAGGCGGAGGGAUUCAAGGGGCUCGUGAUUGUGGAAGCGGGAGCGCUGAAUGUGGGAUCGGGGGUAGAGUAUGUGAAGCCAGAAGGAGAGAUUUGGGUUAAGCAUCGUGUGGGGUGGUUGAAGGAGGGAGAGGGAUUGGUGCAGCAUCAGGAGAUGCCAAAUUGA